AUGUCACUUUUCAGAGAACUUGAUCCCGUGCAAUUGGUUUACGUUGUUAUUAGCUUGUUCUUCGCGUCCUUUGUGUACAACGAACUAAAAGGAAUUUACUUAAGUCGCAAAUGGCACACGAAAUCUCCAGUCAAAACUUAUCGCGGACUUUUUAGUUUGCCUCAGCUUGUUCGGCUGCGGAAAGCUGUUGAUUCGGGCCAUUUCGUGGACUAUUUUAGGGACCAGUACAUAAAAUAUGGUGCAGAUACCUUAGAUUUCACUGGCUUUGGAAGUAAGAUCUUCUUCACGAAAAACCCGCACAAUGUGAAAUCUCUCUUUGCCACUAACUUUGAUGAUUGGUCUAUUGGUGCCCGAAAGAGAGCGUUUAAACCAUUCUUAGGCGUUGGUGUGUUUGUUACUGAUGGUGAGGUGUGGAAACACUCGAGAACCAUGUUGAAGCCUCAGUUUCUGAGAGAACAAAUUGCACACGUUCACAGUGUUGAAUCUCAUUACAAAUUGUUUGCCCAGCACAUCAGGAGCUAUAGGGGCCAGGAGUUUGACAUUCAGCCUCUUUUCAUGAAACUUACAAUGGACGCAUCCAGUGAAUUUUUGUUCGGUGAGAGCAUUCAUUUGCUCCACGACGACUCGAUUGAACACGAGAAAGACACUAGUGACAUUAAAGGCAAAAAAGAAUUGGCUGAAGACCUUUCAUUUUUGCAGACUUAUCUCAUGUUCCGAGUCAUGUUGUUAGAUUGGUUUUGGUUGGAAAACUCCAAAAAGUUUAGCGAAGCCAUCAAAAGAGUUCAUGCCUUCACUAGUCAAUUUGUUGAUCGAGUACUAAGUCUUACGCCAGAGGAGAGAGAAGCAAACAGCAAGGAUGGGUACACGUUUUUGUAUGAGCUUGCAAAGGUCACAAAUGACCCCAUAGUAAUGCGGGACCAGAUUUUGAAUGUGAUGUUGGCGGGAAGGUCCACCACAGCAAGUCUUCUCUGUUCAGUUUUGCUUGAAUUAUCCAGAAACCCCGAAGUGUACGAGAAGUUGAAGAACGAGGUGUACGAGCAGUUCGGGAAUGGAAAAACCAAGGGAGAAGAAAUAACUUUUGAAACACUAAAGAAAUGUACCUACUUGAGAUGGGUUCUUAACGAGGGUCUUCGUAUGUAUCCUCCAGUUCCACUGAACCUUCGACAGGCGGUCCGUGAUACUACACUUCCAAAGGGAGGAGGACCAGAUGGUGAAUCUCCUGUCCUAGUGCGUAAGGGCCAGUAUGUUGCACUCCAUAUUUACUCCAUGCAUCGCCUGGAAGAAUUCUAUGGUAAAGAUGCUCUCUCUUUCAGACCAGAGAGAUGGGCAGACCUUUCCAAGAUUGGCUGGGCCUUCAUGCCUUUUGGCUCGGGUCCUCGUAUUUGCUUAGGUCAGCAGUUUGCCUUAACAGAAGCCUCCUAUAUUUUGGUUCGUAUGGUGCAAGACUUCCCUCAUAUUGCUUCGCACAACAAAACGUACCCUCCACGCACAUACUCCAGAUCUACUAUGCACUAUAUAGACGGGAUCAGAAUUUCAUUGUAUUAG